AUGCCGUCGCCCACAGGGAGCAUGGGGCCUGGCCACGCGCGCAUCGACAAGCGCGACUACCCCUCGGCCCCGGCUGAGACGCGCCGGCUGCUGCGCCCCGAUGACACGCUCGACUCCCGCUCCUCCUCGCGCCCCAGCCAGACCAACUCGUACGCCGGCAGCUUCUUCGAACAAGUCGCCGAGCAGAUCCAAGAACGCGACCGCCAGAUGAUGCGCCGCGCCGUGACGCGAUAUGGCGGCUAUGCCUGCGCCAUACUCAGCUGUCUGGCCGCUGGGUCUAUCACCGUCUACUCGCUCUAUGCGCCGCUCUUCCAGUCGCGGCUGCGCUACACGCAGUUCCAGGUGAACAUCAUCUCCAUUACCGCCGAGCUGGCCAUGUACCUGCCGGUGCCCGCAUUUGGCUACAUCUGCGACCGCUACGGCCCCGCCCUUUCGUCCUUGCUCUCCGCUGUGUUUUUCGGCUUCGGAUACCUACUCGCUGCCUUCACCUACCAUGCCGGGCCUCACGGAUGGCCGUUUGGAGUCAUGGUGUUGGCUUUCGUUCCCAUCGGCCUGGGCACCUCGGCCAUGUACUUUGCCGCCUUGACGACAUGCGCAAAGAACUUUGGGCGUGGCGAAAACAAGGGACUUGCGCUGGCCGUUCCAGUCGCUGCUUUUGGCCUUAGUGGCAUGUGGCAGAGCCAGGUCGGCAGCCGCCUGUUGUACGAGCGCCGUCCCGACGGAUCCCGCGGAGAUGUUGAUGUCUUCCGCUUCUUCUUGUUCCUGGGAAUUUUCCUGUUCUUCGUCGGCCUGCUGGGCGCGGCCACUCUGCGCAUCGUUGACGAGGAAGAAAUGAUCGAUGAGGCAGUGGAUGAGCUGGAGCGGAGCGGCCUCCUGAGCGAGGAUGAGUUCUUCAAUGCAGCUCGGCACCAGCACGGAUAUGGCACCAUAGCGCCGCAGGACCUCUCCGACUCGCAGUUUGAUUUCUUGCGCUCCGAGGCCGACGACUUGAAGCUCAAGGCCGAGCAAGAGCAAGCCAAGAAGAACUGGCUCCUGAACGAGGAGACGCGCCGCUUCAUUGGUGACCCGACCAUGUGGUGGCUCUCUGCAGGUUUCUUCUUGGUCACCGGCCCUGGUGAAGCUUUCAUCAACAACCUUGGCACCAUCAUCGGCACGCUCUAUGACGCUCCAACCGCUGCGGAAUACCGCACAUCGCCGGCAACCCAUGUGUCAAUUGUUGCCAUCACAUCAACUGCUGCUCGCCUCCUGACUGGCACCGUCUCUGACCUAUUCGCCCCCGUCCCCGCAAGCCCCUCGCCUGCUCACCGGCACGGUCCUCACUCCCAGGCUUCCUCGCUCGCCUCGUUGCCUCCUCGUCGCCGUUUUACUGUCUCCCGCAUCGUCUUCCUGCUCGCUUUCUCCCUUCUCUUAUCCGUUGGCCAGAUUAUCCUCGCUAUUGGAGGUGUUCAGGGCCAUGGCGAGCGUUUCUGGAUCGUUAGUGGUCUUAUUGGAGCGGGCUACGGUGCCGUUUUCUCGUUGGUCCCCAUCAUCAUCGCCGCUGUCUGGGGGGUGGAAAACUUCGGCACCAACUGGGGCAUCGUAGCAAUGAUGCCGGCAGCCGGCGCCGCCGUCUGGGGCGUCGUGUACAGCGCCGUUUAUGACUGGGGCUCUGCAGCCGCUAACGAUGGACCGAGUCACGAAGACCAGGAAGACGUGCUGUGCUAUGGCAAAGCCUGUUACUCGGCCACGUUCUGGGCAAUGGCUGUCAGUGUGUGGGUCGCUUGCGGCUUGUGGAUAUGGGCUUGGAGAGGCCCUGGUGGGUGGAAGGCAAGAUGCAUUGCGGUAUAA